AUGUGUCCAAUCUGGAGGCUCCUGGUCCUCCUCAGCUUGCUGUCGGUGCCCUCAGCACUGCACAAGCAGCCUUGGCGUGGCCUGGUCGAGGCCCACAUGGACAGACCAGCUCUGGCGAGAAUUAUUGCCCAGGGCCUCAUGAAGCACAACGUAGAGGGUCGAAUCCAGAACCUCCGCCUCAUGGACAGUCUGAAUGCCUCGGGGCAGAUGGCCCCAGGGAUGGUGGGCCGGCUAAUAAAUGGCAUGAACCUCCAGCAACAGCAAGAAAGCAGCGCCAACAUCACCAACAUUCAGCUAGACUACAGUGGGAUUCGGAUGUCUUUCCAUAAGGAGUGGUUCUCAGCAAACAUCUCACUUGAAUUUGACAUUGACUUGAGACCGUCCUUCAAUAACAAGAUUAUAAAGACACAUGCAAGCAUGAACCUGGUUGUGGAGUUCUGGCUGGAGAAAGACGAGUUUGGCCGGAGGCAUCUGGUGAUAGGCAAUUGCUCUGUAGAGCCGAGUAGCAUCCACACGACAGUCCUAACAGAAGAUAUCUCACCAAAGAUGAAACAUUUUCUCCGCAACCUCAGGGAGAACCUGGCAAAAGUUAUCCCACACCUGGUGGAAAGUCAGGUGUGUCCUCUGAUCAGUGAAAUCCUCAGACAGCUGGACGUGAAACUGUUGAAGAGCCUCAUGGAACAGGCUGCUGCUCACAAAUUCAACCAACUAUGAGUCCAGCCCACUGACCUGGAAGGAG